AAGCUGCCACUGCUGCUCAAACAUAGAUUUCAUCGUCUCCACGAUGUGGCUUUUAAUUUUCUUAGUCUGGUUGGUUAUAUGGGCCGGUGGCACAUACUGGUACCUGUUUGGGAAACCGAGCCCUUUCUCCCUGGAGUCAGUGAGACCCCCUGAGCCUCGAGAGUUUGAUCAGAAGAAGCGGGACAAAGUCAUCAAGCAAGGUUUCAGCCUCGACAAAGUGCCCCAGAACCUGGAUGUCAUCGUCAUUGGGAGUGGUAUUGGUGGGCUGGCGGCUGGGGCCACGCUGGCCAAAGCAGGGAAGAAAGUGCUGGUGCUGGAGCAACACGACCAGGCAGGAGGCUGCUGCCACACCUACGUAGAGAAAGGCUUUGAGUUUGAUGUUGGGCUUCACUACAUUGGUCAGGUCCAUGAGAACAGUCUGCUGCGCAUCGCCUUCGACCAGCUCUCCGAGGGCCAGCUGGAGUUCCAGGAGCUGAAUCAACACUUCGACACCAUCCAGAUUGGGCUGGGCGAUGAGAAACGAGACUACACCAUCUUCUCCGGUAAAACUGAGAUGAAAGCCCAUCUGAUGAAGCAAUUCCCUGAUGACACAGAGGCCAUCGAGAAGUUCUUCAAAAUCAUGAAGGUCUCAGCUAAGAAGACUCACUACCUGGCAACUCUAAAGCUGAUCCCACAGUGGGUGUCUUUAUUCCUGCUGAAGUCAGGCCUCGCAAACCUUGUCACCCCGGUCUUCCGCCUCUCUGGCACAUGUGCAACAGACCUGGUGAACACCCUGACCAGCAACAAGGACCUCCACGUCAUCUUUUCCUAUCUUUUCUAUGGUGUACCUCCAAAGGACUCCAGUGUUCUGAUCAAUGCGCUCCUGAUUCAUCACUACAAACGUGGUGCCUACUACCCUAAAGGUGGUGCCAGCGAGAUCGCCUUCCACAUCAUCCGCACCAUUCAGAAAUACGGAGGAAACUGCCUGGUCAGAGCUCCCGUCUCUGAGAUCCUGGUUAAUGACAAGGGAGCAGCUUAUGGUGUGAAAGUGAGGAAAGGUCAGGAGGAAGUGGAGGUUCAUGCACCUGUGGUUGUUUCAAACUGUGGCAUCUUCACCACCUUCCAGAAACUUCUUCCCCCUGAGAUCCGAGUCAAGACAGAUAUUCAGGAAAGACUGAACAUGAUGAGACACGGCAGAGGAUCAUUCCUGGUCUUCUCAGGCUUUGAUGGGACUGAAGAGGAGUUGGGGCUCGAGUCCACCAACUUCUGGCUGUUCAAAAACAAUGAUAUGGACAAGUCGAUGGACGACUUCUUUGCAAUGAGCAAAGAGGAAGCACCAGAUAAUAUCCCCAUGAUGUUCAUCACAAUGCCAUCAGCCAAAGACCCAGAAGCCAAAAUAAGACACCCUGGUAAAUCCUGCAUGACGAUACUGACGAUGGUGAAGUAUGAAUGGUUUGAAGAAUGGAAGGACACAACGGUGCGCAAAAGGGGUGACGAAUACUACAACUACAAGAUGAGAUUUGCUAAGAACCUCUUCGACUGGGCCUGUACUCUGUUCCCUAAAAUCAAAGACAAGUUGGUUUUCCAGGAUGUGGCGACCCCACUGACCAACAUGCACUACCUGGGUGCCCAGCGUGGAGCCAUGUACUCUGCUGAGCACAACCUAGACCGUUUCCAUGCCGAGAGUGUGGCGAGGAACAGGUGCAACACCCCCGUGAAAAACCUCUACAUCUCAGGCCAAGACGUGUUCAGCUGUGGGAUAGCAGGCGCUCUGCACGGUGGACUCCUCUGCGCCUCUACGGUGCUGGAUCACAUUGUCUACAUUGACUUGCUCCUCCUCAAGAAGAAGCUAAAGAGGAGGAAAGCCAGAGAGUUGGCCCAGCUGGCUAAGAAGAAGCUGCAGUGAGAGCGCUCUGUACUUCCCCUGCAGGACAGUAAUGAAACUGCACAAACCAGGUGCAAAACGACCCCUGAAAGGAUCGAACCAGCCUUGAGUCCCUGAUCUAUUCUACAUACUUAUGAAGUCUACACAUACUAAUGCCAACCCAGAAUGAUCACCUGAUUCUGGUGGAACAUUUGGUCUGGUCUGAACUAAGACUUGACAUGGAAAUAUAAAAUGCUAAAGAGUUAGCAUGGAGCACUGGAGCGCAUAAUCUACUGCAGACUUAACAAAUGAUUUUGGCUUCAAUUUAUAAUAAUUCAUUAGAGUGAAAGGCCAUAAAAUGAGAAUACAGAGUGCAGCAUCUGUUUACAGUACUGCAGUAAUUGUGUACAUAUAUGUAAGGAGCUGGAGAUGUUUUUGGUUGGUUCUGCACAUGCUGGGUCAAUUUUCUUUUUAGUAUUUCCAAAGUUUCACCGGUUUGCCUGAAGGUAACCACAAGCAAUACAAAGUGUUUAAGUGCACAAUAUCUUGACUUGAAUACACUGUACCUAAGUGAUUCUCUAUUUAAUACCCUGCUGCGACUCUGCACCAUUUAAUUUUUAUUUGGGUGUUCUUAAAAUUGUAUGCCUCCACAAACCUGUCACGUUUCUCUUACGGCUAACGUACAUGUAAUGGAUGCUUCACACACAUCUUCCCCCCGACAGCACAAUCAGCACAGUUUCAAGGACACUCAAGAUUAGAGUCACCAAUUCAGUAUCUGAUCAAAUGUCUCCCCUUCUGUUCCUGAGUUAUGGCGUUAAAUAAUAGCCAGAAAAGUGUUUUUGCAGAGCGUUAUAAUGUCACCGUGAAGAUGACCUUUGACCUUUUGGACAUUAAAUACCAACUCUUUUUAUCCUUUGAGACAUUUGUGCGAAAUUUAGUCAUCAUUAAUUAGCUAAUUAACAAGAAUUAUGAAUUCAUGCGUUUUGGCCAAAAACACGUUCUGUCAAGUCACAGUGACCUUGACCUUUGACCUCUGAACACCAAAUUCUGAUCAGUUCAUCCCUGAGUCCAAGUGGAUGGCUGAGGAAAUUCCCUCAAGGCCUCUUGAGAUACUGUGUUCACAAGAACGAGACAGACGCAAGGUCACAGUGACCUUGACCUUUAGCCACCAAAUUGUAAUCAGUAAAUUGUUGAGUCCAAGUGGACGUUUGUGCAAAAUGUGAAGAAAUCCCCUCGAGAUAUCACGUUAAUGAGAAUGAGACGGACGCAAGGUCACAGUGACCUUGACUUCUGACCUUGGAUUACCAAAAUCAAAUCAGUUCAUCACUGGGUCCAAGUGGACGUUUGCGCCAAAUUAAAAAAAAAAAAAUGACCCUCAAAGCAUUCUUGAGGGAACAGACGGAUGGACGAACAAACCCAAAAACAUAAUGGCUCUGGUGAUCACUAGCAAGGAGGUAUAUUUUAUUGCUUUAUUUGGUAGUCUGUGAAAAAUGAUAUUUCUCUCUUUUUUUGGCAACAUUCAAGUAUAUUGUAAUCUUCAUCAGCUGUAUCAGGGGAACAAUUUAACAUCACCUCGUUUUCUAAAUGUACAACUAAGAAAUAUUGACAAAUGCUUAAUGAUUGGUAUGACUGCAUGAUACCAACUUUUAAAUUUUAAGAUUUUCUAAUGCCUGUUUUUGUGCUGUAUGUACUGAUAUUUUUCUUGUCUCUCCAAAUUCUUCUACAGAUGAUAAGAGAUUUAAUUAAACAGGAAUUAACUGUGAAAAUAUUAACUAGAAGUGUAAAUGUGUAAAUAUAAUCAUAUAAUUAAAUAAAAUAUUACCUAUAACAAAUGAUUAAUCUAUCCAGAAUCAUCACAAGCAUCAGGUAUGACGGGUUUACUAAUUAUUUACAUAUCACUUACUGGUGAACUGAGACUGAGAGUCCCCUCUGGUUUCUCAGUUCCCACCUAUGUUGUUCUGACCUGACUUAUAACCCCAGUGUUGUUUGGGUAACUGCUGAAAUCAAACGUACGGGGGGAAACCUCAGACUUCCUGCACUAAGUGAACAUUUCCUCAGUAAACGGUGGGCAUAUUGGCUGACAAACUGUGGUCUGUAGGAGACGACCGGGGGGAUCCGAGGAGAAGAAUGCCUCUUCUGUCCAGCCAGCCGGUGGGAUGCCAGUACUUCUCUUGCUCUGCUUACCUCCAUCCCUCUGCUGUACAAACUCAGGGAAAGCUCUCCCUGCUGCUGCACGUUGCUACUGUUACCGUUUCCCUUUCAAUACUUGUGAAUUAAAAAAGGCAAAAACUAGUUCAAGUUCAAGGAGCAAAAUGGUAGGGAGAGAAGUUAAUUAUAUUGACUCUGCCUGGCUGGGAGUUCAGUAGGCCUUAACAUAUAAUUACUGUGGCAUGAUAAAAUGCAGAGCUUCACCAGAAAUAAACAUCUACAGUAACUCUUACUUUCCUCUGCUGUGCUCUGACUGACUCAUAGUGCUAUAAACAAACCCACCUGCCUUUUGAGCUCUGAAAUAAAGUGAACCCACCCUUUUUUUAGCCAUGUCGGCUUGAUGGUUGGUUGGUUAGUCUACCACUUUGGUCCAGACUGAAAUAUCUCAACAGCUAUUGAAUGGGUUGUCAUGAAAUGUCGUAGAAACAUUCAAGUUUCCCAGAGGAUGAAUCCUAGUGACUCUGCUGACCUCCUGACUUUUCCUCUAGCGCCACCAGCAGGUUGACAUUUUUGCCCUUCAGUGAAAUGUCUACACAACUACUGGAUGUAUUACAAUGACUUUGAUACACCCAUUGGAAUAAGAGGCAAAGUCCCUUCCCUCCCAGUGUCUCCCAUGGGACCUUACUUCGUAAAACAAGACAAUUUUUUAACCCCAUUUGAAUUCUGCGAUGAAUGUUUGUCAAAUUAAAAGAUAAUUUUGCAAGUCAAUAAAGUUGCAGCUUGUCAUAGCACUGAGCACAUAGCACUAAACCGCUAAAAUAAAAAUCAUAUCAUAUUUCAACAGCUUUAUGACAAACUACUUUAUUGACUUGAAUAUGUAUCUAUUACAUUGACAAACAUCAAAUGUAAAAUUCAUGACACAAUUUAAAUGUAAAUCAAAAAGUAAUUUGUCUAGUCACCACUGACUACCGUACAGAUUUUUUCUGAAAUAAGGUCAGGAUCCUUGACA